AUGGAAUCCGUGGGCUUAGAACAAUAUAUCAAACUUUUAGAGCCAUUUGCUAAUAGGGAGUUAUUAACUCCUCAAGAAGCAUCAAGAAUUCUACUCCUCACCACUGAAUUAUUAGUGGAUCAUUGCGUUGAUUAUCAAUUAUUAAAGUUUCUUAGUCGAUUUUUGACUGAAAAGGCUUAUGAUGACAUUAUCGAGGAAAGAAAUAUCGAACAUCAAUGUGGUUAUAUAAUUUGUGAUAAAUCUCCUAAACUGCUGGUUCGCCGCUUAUCUUCCAAUGGUAAUGGUACAAUUCAAGCAUCACUUAAAGAACCGGGUGCAUCUACAAAAUAUCAGAUCUAUAAUAGAAAACCAUCAAUUAUCCUUCCAAAUACUUAUUUAUCUCAAUAUUGUUGUAAAGAACAUUAUCAAGCGUCUAUAUUUUAUCGAAAUCAAUUAUCAAGUGAAGCUGUCUUUGCCAGAAAUGAUAUUAUGGUGGUACCGCCAUUCUCAAAAGAUGCUCCAUUAUCAUGGUAUGAAAAUGGUAUUACUUGUAUGGAAGAUGUAUUACAGAAACAUAGAGAACUUAAAGAUCAAGGUAAGAGUUUAUCUGAUGUUAUUGCUAUGAUGAGUGGUUUAAGUGUUAAUGAUUAUGAUAGUCAUAAAGAUACAAGUCAAUUAAUAAAAUUAAUACAAGAUUUUGAAAUCGUGGAAAGAGAAAGUAACCUUACCGGUAAUGAUGCUGAUGAUGAAAAUGAUAAUCCAAAUGCUAGUAAAGAAGAACUUUCAAGCGCUGUUGAAGGCUAUAUUACUAGUAAUAAAAGCUUUGGUGGUUACGUGGUUUAA